AUGCAAUCAUCCAACGAGUUCAAACGAAAGAAGAGGAUCAAAUUGGCCAUCUAUAUCGCCACCUCUGUAGUGUUUCAGAUAAUCGUUAUUACGGUUUUUGGACUUGUUAUAAUGAAAACCAAGUCUCCAAAGCUAAGGCUAAGCAAUAAUAUUGAUAUUCAAAGUGCCAACGUAGGCAAUUCUUCCUCUCCUUCAUUCGACAUAUCCUUUGCAGCUCAACUACGAGUCAAGAACUCCAACUUUGGGCGCUACAAGUUCGACAACACCACCGCCACCUUCACUUACGGCGGCGCCAGCGUAGGACAGGUUAUCAUUCCCAAGGGCAAGGUUGGACUUAAGUCAACCAAAAAGAUUAAUGUGAUUGUGAGUUUGAGUUCAUCCCAAUUGCCAAACAAUGCCGAUCCCGGUAAACGGUACUGGACCCCGACCUGA